UGCAAAUGCAAAAUAACAAGUGUUCCAGGCAAACAAUUACGAACAUGGACAAAAAAACAUGACAAAUAAGCAUAAACAUUGACAACCAGCAUAGUCAUAUCGUUACUUUUGUUUGUGCCGUGUUUGUGUGCGUGCGUGCGUGUCCAAGUGGCACCUAAACUGUAAAAGGGUAGAAAGAAGUCAUACUACCAAUGAAAACAAUAAAAAUGCAUAAGAGUCUUGAAAUGUACAUCAGAUAUUAGAGUGAUGGGAUAAAUGUAUGAUCACAAUUGACCACAGAGAUCUCUGAGAAUUUUUCAAUGUAUGCAAGUACCAUGAAAAGAUUUAAAAACAUUGAAAUCUAAAAAUCCAUUUAAAUUUGUAAAAUGUAUUGCUUACCAAUGCAGGAAAUAUACAAUUGGAGGAAUGUGGUUAGAGUGUCAGAAAAAAAAUCUCACAGGAGCAUAUUGAACCAUCUGUAAUCUAUCCAAGAUUUUAUUCUCAAACACCAAACUACAGUGAGUUACAGAAGAUGAUGAUGAACAUGUGAUUUACUUUUUCUAAAUCAAUACAGGCUUAAAGUUGUCAUGAAAUGUAAGUUGCAUUAGCAUAUAUUUCCAUACUGUGACGUAUAUCCGAGUAAAGAGGCUUCUUAUAUGAUAAGAAAUGUAAGACGGGAUUUAGUUUUGUCCUUUGAUAAGAUCAUUGGAAGCUUGGUCAUGGGUUAUUCAUAUACUGUAUGUGUGAUAUAUGACUAAAUCAAUGUUUUCCUAUCCCCAUAAACAGACUAAAAAGAAUGAUAUGCAGUCCAUUACACAUACUGUUUCAUGCAGAAAUAAAUGUGCGUCUGAAGCUCUUUUAUAAAUAUGCAAAAGACCUGCUUACGUGGGGUGUGAUUGUUUUUUGUUCAAAACAAAACAAGUCUUAUAUCACUCUGCAGAAUGUGCGGUUUGCAUUUUCUUCGUGUGCAAUGCAUUCUUGGCUUUCCUGUCCCCAUUUCUGACCCUGCAUCUGAUUUGUUCUAUGAUAACCGUGUAUCUCACUUGUAUAUAAGGCCCUGCGAGUAAAAGGAAACGUUUUUGAUUGACUAAAAUGUCCACCAUAAUGUCUGUAGUCAUCGUCGCUCUCAUCAGCAGCCUUUUUGUGAGCUUUCUUCCUCAAACUCAAGCAUAUGGGCCUCUGAACCAUGCCUGCUGUGUGAAAUAUACCCGAAAACCUUUGCCCUUCGGUCUGAUCAAAGGCUAUAUCGAGCAGAGCUCCCGCGAGGUGUGUCGUAUAGAUGCCAUUAUUUUCUUCACCAAGCAUAACAAGAAGGUGUGCGCGAGUGUUAAAGACGAGUGGGUGAGAGCAACCCUUGCUCGUCUCAGCACUAGAAUAAAUAAAAUUACACAUCCCAGAUCUCAGCCUCACCUCAACACUGCCAGAAUGGACAACAUGCCUUACACCAGCAGCCCAUAGUUUCUAUGGUUUUAAACAGCAUGCCCACUCAAUUUCCGAUUUUUUCUCCAUUUGUAGUCAUAAUUUCAAUAACUUAAUACGGACUACAUUAAGCAAAACUUCUUUGUUUUCUAUCUUUAUUUUUCAGCUUUGCAUAUCAUGUAAUGUAAUUUGAGAUGUUGUUGAAAUUAAUAAAAAUAGCUUUAAAGUCA